AAUUUUGUUAUGCCGGCAUCGACGCGUCGACUCGGGGCGCUAAACUUGCUACUUUUAGUUCAUUACGCACCGCCAUCAAGGUGUGUGUAGCCUUCGCUCGCUAAACACGAGGAUCCGCUUUCAGUUAUCAACUGCACUUGGACGGUUUUGCACCCAGCUGCAAAGAGGAGCGUCUGCCACUCACUCACUCAGAUGGGCCUUCAAGUCGGCUGCAAAGUGAUUUCACGAAUUUUGUGUGUAUAUUGAGUGUAAAUUAAAGUGGAUCUUCUUUAUUUAUUUAUUUUGUUUUUUAUGAGUUCAACUAGAUUUCCGAGUUCUGUUGUUAAUACAGUCUUAUCAAUGGCUGGGAGACCUCUACAACUUCGUGGUAUCGUCUGGUAUAAUAAAACGCUUAUCAUAUAUGUAUAAGUGUAGAAAAUGCAGAAGUGGGUAUUUCUCAAAUUCAUUAUCUGCUGAAGUUAUGUGUCACGUGACAGCAGUUGGAAAAUUUUGUUUGUGUUAUUGUUGAAGGUGCCUCUGACUCGUUGAAAAAAUUAAUAGCAAUAACAAUAAUUUUUACCUCGAGCAAAGAAAGGAAUACCUUAACGAUGUCGUGUCGAAAGAAAAUCGACUCCAAACAGUGGGUCAGCUAUACGCAGAUGAUGGAGAGCGAGGUGCGGUCCCUGAAGCAGGAAUUGGAGAGGACUCGCGAAGCUUUAAAGCUCGCGACGAAACGGUGCCGGGAUCUGGUACGCGAGCUGGAUCACCAAACGGAGGGCCAAGAAGCUGAGAGAUCAUUGCGGGACCAACAACUCGCCCGAAUACUUCGGGCUCUUUUGGUGGUGGAGGGUCGCCUGAAGCAGGAGCAGAAAUCGAUCCGACAGCUGCUCUGCGAGAAGGACAACGUGAUCCGUAAUCAGCAGUUGGAGAUAGCGAAGCUGAGGAGAUACACGAAGAACUACAUAAAGUGCAAGAGGGACAACACGGUGUGCAAAGAUGUCCUCGACAGGGACGAGUCGUCGGAAAUUAUGUCGAACGAUCGUCACAGCAUAUCGAGCAAGAGCGACGGCAGUAGAUUCGACAGCUGCCUCAGCAAGGACAUCAGGACCCUCAAGUGCGAGAUAAUAACGAAACUGAACGAGGACUCGGACCAAGAUCACGGACUGAGAAAGGCCCACAGCUUCGCGGAGAGCGACGUAUCCAAGACGAGCAUUACGUCGAGCGAGAUAACCGACGUAUCGAUGACGACGACGGACAGCAGUCCGUCGAUAUUGAGUACAGAGGGAUUCUGCGAGGGAGAAAGUACAGACGUGUCGCCGAGCUCAACACUCAACAAGUCCACCAGGUGCAACCCCAUCGUCAUUGCUGAUGACAUUUUGUUCAGCGACAACGAGGUCAGCGUCGACGACGGACUGGAUAUACCGAAGCGGAAUAUUGGGGUUAUCAGGGAAAAGCUCCUGACGGAAUCCGGGAUGUCGGAGUUCAAAGGGAACGGCGUUACCAGGACAGACAGCAAGGAUGACGGCAUGGACUGCCAUUUUAUAUCCGACGAGGAACCCGUAUACGAGAACACUCCCUACCUAGACAAAGAACUGAACAAAUCGACUGAACUCACAAGAAAUAACAUUAACAACAGAUCCGAUCACGUCGAGGCUGUGCAGCCGAUGGAGCCGAGCCUUGAGGAGAACAGUGGCAACUGGUACAGCGAUCCGGACGAGGAUAAAGCCAGUGAGGAAGUGUUUCGACACCGCGCUUAUCAGCCAAAUAGCAAACACAACUCGGUCUUGGAAUGCGUUAAUCAAAUUCUACUUAGAGACAUGGAGGAAGAGGAGAACGUCCUCUCGGUACCAAGGAGGUUCAAACACCGUGGAAGAAUCGUUCGCUUUCAGCCUGCAAGGCUAUCCGACAUAGAAUCCGUCGGGUCUGAGAUGGAGAGGAGAAGUUCCGAGGAUCAUGUUCUUGACAGAGAGAGUUUGCAAGUGGAGGAACGCAACGGGAUUAACUCGUUAGGAAUCGCGUCCCCGGCUUCGGAGAAAGAUUUCCGAGCUAGGAGCGUGCAGCCGAUCGAUGAGUCGGCCAGGGAAACGAUGGCGGAAGUUCUUGGUCCUUCAAACGUAGAUUUUGAGGGAUCUAAAGCGAUACCGUUAGUGAUCAUAGAGCCAAAAGUCGACCCCGAAGCAUCGGGCGACGCGGGGAUCGCGAGUCCUCAGAAGCUUAAGACUUGUGCAGAUUUGAUGAAGUCUUCGUUGAUUCACACUUCGAGUCCACCGUUGAAGAUGGAACGCAUGGAGGAGAAGACUUGCUUGCAAAUGUGCUCCAAAGGACUGACAAUCGCUAAGAAUUUAGAUUACGAGGAAAUAGAGUCACUGUCGGAGACUAGCUCUGGACUUAAAACUCCGCCAACAUUGCCGCCAAAGCCACAGUACAAAAACAAUACUUUAAUAUUGAAGAAGAUACCGAGUCCUUCGUUCUUGAUUAAUGAAACGCACAAGAAGCAGGGAGGAGGCGACAAGACGCCCGAGCAAGACAAGAAACUCUUCAAUUUCUCUGUUACUCCGAAGGUGGAAACCGUUCGCAGUCUUUCCUACGACGAGAAGAGCUCCAAAUCUUCGAGAUUGAACAACGACGAAUUGCAGAACGGAUUUUACCACAAAAACAAAUUCAACAGUCUACGAUCCUCCUUUCAGUCGAAACAGAAUCUGAACAAUGCUUACGACGGAGUUGGAAGAAUGCCGAAGGUAACCAACAUUGUUCGACACUUCGAGGAGUUCAAAAUCGGCGAAGCUGAAGAUCGAACUCUGGUCAAGGAUAAAGAUAAAGAUAAAGACAAAGAGAAAUCACGCUUGGACUACGAUCAGGACGACAUUAGACAAAAUUUUGAGGAGUUCAACCUCGACGAUUGCGAUCUCUUCGAUGACCCCGAUCGGCCCGAGGCUGACGGCUCGGAACGGCUCAACGAUUUGAUUCUCGCCACACAAAUCGAAAACACUACAAAGGGAAAAGAGACCAACACAAAUGGCGGCUACGAUCACUUCCUUGAGGCCACUGGGCUCAGUACUAAAUCCAUCCUCACUCCUUCCCGAUUGCUAAGCAAUCACAAGAGCAUGCUCAAGCCGAAAGACGUGAAGUACAAGAAUAAGAUUAAAGCAACUGCCGUGAUGGAGAGGCAUGGGAUGGCUGGGAUGAGCUCCACCCACACUCACGUCAAACACUGGACCGGUCCGUUCGUCUGAGGUUCAUUUUAGUCUAAAAGACUUUCUUUUACGCAAACCUCAAGAAAAUUUCCCGUCGCAGAUGCGUUAAACUUCACGGUGCUGUCACGAGAUGUUU